CGACUCACGAGAUUGCCCCUACAUCAUAUGAUAAGAAGAUGAAAGUUGUGGAUAGAACUAUCAAUGUAUCGUGACGAAUUCAUUGCUUUGAAAUUGUCAGAACCAAAUUCGAUUUCUUUAAUGGAUGUUGUUGUGUUGCUUGUUUGGUAGUGAUUUGUUUGUACUAUUAGUAACUAAUGGUUAUUUAAUUAAGUUUAGGGGGUUAGUUUAGUAGCUAAUCACUUAAAGUUCAUUUGCACAGAUGUUCGAUGCUUGAGACGAGAUUGAUCCAAAUCAGAUUGGUCAUGAAGAUAUAUCAAUGGAAACAGAUGGUGAUGCAGCUGCAUCCAUUGCACAAGAUAUCUACCAUGUUUACGAAUCUGAGGAUGCCAUGACAAAAGACAAUGAGUACCACGAAACUAGGGCUCAACUAUGUUCCUAUGGGGAAGGGAAGAGGAGGAAAGUGAAUGCAAGAGCGGUUGUCGAUGGGGAAGAGGUUGAUCAACUUGAUGAGUUUGAGAAAAUCAAAACUGAAGACGAUGAGGAUGAAGGAGAUGAUGCAGCUCCACAACCACCUCAUAACUCACAACACUCCACUUCCUACCAGGCUUCAGAGGCACCUCCACAUGAGCCUCAGCAAGCUGGCAGGGAAACUUCACAGCAUUCGAGCUACAGAGGAUCUGAGGAGUCUGACCACGUCAGGCCAAACUUGUCAGAUGAGGAAGGUGGUGAUCUGGACGAUGAUGCACCACAGUAUGAUCCCUUAUGUGAUCACAAGGCUUUAACGUUCGUAUGCAAGAUGAAGUUUGCUAGUGUGCAGCAAUUCAAGGAUGUUGUGGUGAGGCACUCUGUGGCAGCUGGUGCUUGUCUGCGAUGGGUUCGGAGUAACCCUACAAGGAGGGAGGUCAAGUGCAAAGAUUCCAACUGCAAAUGGAAGCGUUAUGCUAGCUGGUUCAGGAGGAACAAGUGCUUCAUGAUCCGGAAAGUGGGGCUGUCACAUUCCUGUGCAAGAAGUCUCAGGGUUUAUUAAUUAACCGCCAAUUGGAUAGCUUCUGACAUGCUGGACAGAUUCAGAAUUAACCCUACAUGGGAACCAGAACAUAUUAUGGUCGAGAUCAAGCUCAAACACAACAUGGAUGUCAAGAAGAGAAAUUGUUAUAGAGCCAAAGUUGCAGAUAUCAAGCUAUUAAGCGGGUCCUUGAUUGACGAGUACAAGGGUCUUCGGAGUUAUCUGGAAGAGUUGAUGAAAAGAGAUCCAGAUGGACGAUUUGUUCUAGAAGUAGAUCCACAUCCAGAUGGUGAUAAGUGUUACUUCUGACGUUUGUUCAUCGGAUUCCCUUGCUUGAGGGAUGGAUUUUUGCUUGCAUGUAGACCUAUGUUUGGGCUAGAUGGUUGUUUCCUAAAGGGAGAGGUGAAGGGCAUGCUUAUUUCUGCCUUUGGGAAAGAUGGAAACAACCAAAUGAUUCUAAUAGCAUGGGCUAGCUGUAGUGGAAGGAUAGAAUACCUCCUCUUGGAUGUGGUUUGUCCAGCUUGUAACUUAGGAGUUGUCAAUGAGAGAUGGUAGGGGAUGGUAAGUGAUUUUGGACCAACAGAAGGUAUGGAAAGCUACUUUAUUUUUCUGAGUGCAAGAGAAUCCUUUUAGUGUACUUGAUAUGCACUGAUUGUUGUUGUACCAUACUCGUCCUCUGCAGGGUUUGGUUAAGGCGAUACAUGAAGUGCUUCCUGAGACUGAGCAUAAAAAAUGUUCCAUACAUGUGUACGCCAAUUGGAAAGCAAAAAACAAGACUGAUCGGGUUAGGAAACUGUUUUGAAAGGCUGUGUACGCUUGUAACGAGCCGGAUUAGAAAAAAGCCACGAGAGAAACAGAGGAAAUCCAAGGUAAUGGAGCUGAGUCUAGGGGUUAUAUGAAGAACAGAGUGGUUAUUAAACACAAGAUGUUGCUAGAGACUACUGAUACUCUUAGUCCUAGGAUUAGCAAAACGAUUGGAGAAGGACAAAGAGUUUGCUAGGUUGUGUGUGUCUAGACAUGCUUUGCAUGAUAAGUGUGAAGUAGAGAUGGGAGCUGAAGGGUAUAUUGUGGAUCUGAGUGCAAGAGAAUGCACGUGUGGGUACAGGCAUCUGAGUGGACUCCCAUGUUGUCAUGCUAUUUCUGCGAUCAUCCACUUGAGGAAGGAUCCAGAUGACUUCGUUCAUCCUCUUUACCAUUCAAUGGACGUGUCUGAGGAUUAUAAGGUAGGGUUGUCUUGUCUUGAUGGUAGACAAGCGUGGCCAGCUGCUCAAGGGUAUGAAGUCCACCCUCCUAAGGCUAGAGCCAUGCCCGAGCGCCCUAAAAAGAAUAGGAGAAAAUCUGCAACUGAGUUGGAGGCGAGACCACAACAAAGAGGUGUUGGUGAGGAAUUCUGUAGGUGAGGUAACUUGAUCCAAUGCUCAAAUUGUGGAAGUGAAGGCCACAAAUCGUGCAAAGCACCUCUUGCUGCCCGACAAGCAAGGGUACGAUUCUAACCCAAUAUCAACUGUUGAUUUUCUAUUAUUUUGAUAAUUUGACCUAUGCUGGUUUUCUAUGGUUUUGGAUGUAAACAAUUCGGCUACCAAGCGAUGGCAAUGUGAGGCCCAAACGUGUCAAACACUACUCCAAGUGUGGACGACCAGAUCAUAAUUCAAGGACAUGUCCAUUGAAUAAGGGUUUAGGUAUACA